AUGGACGAGGGGAAGAUGGACGAGAAUGAAUGGGGGUACCACGGCGAAGGCAACAAGAGCCUGGUGGUGGCCCACGCGCAGCGUUGUGUGGUGCUGCGUUUCCUGAAGUUCCCUCCAAGCAGGAAGAAGACCUCAGAAGAAAUAUUUCAGCACCUACAGAACAUAGUGGACUUCAGCAAAAAUGUCAUGAAAGAGUUUUUGGGGGAGAACUCAGUCCAUUGUGGGGAAGUGGUUCAACUGCCUUUAGAUUUCGUGAAACAGCUUUGUUUAAAGAUACAGUCCGAAAGACCAGAAUCUCGCUGUGACAAGGACCUGGACACUUUCAGUGGCUAUGCCCUGUGCCUUCCCAAUUUAGCCAGACUUCAGACCUACCGUUUUGCAGAGCACCGGCCGAUUCUGUGUGUAGAGAUCAAGCCCAAAUGCGGGUUUAUUCCUUUCUCCGGCGAUGUGACGCAUGAGGUGAAGCGCAGGGUGUGUCGCUACUGCAUGCACCAGCAGCUCAAGGUGGCAACCGGGAAGUGGAAGCAGAUAAGUAAAUACUGUCCCCUCGACCUCUACUCAGGAAAUAAACAGAGAAUGCACUUUGCCUUGAAGAGCUUGUUACAGGAAGCUCAGAACAACUUAAAGAUAUUUAAGAACGGUGAGCUGAUCUACGGCUGCACGGAUGCUCGCAGCCCCGUGGCUGACUGGAAUGAGCUCGCACACCACCUGAAGCCCUUCUUCUUCCCUUCCAACGGCCUGGCCGGCGGGCCCCACUGCACAAGGGCUGUGAUCCGGGAGCUGGUGCGGGUCAUCACGCGGGUGCUGCUGAGCGGCUCGGACAAGGGCUGGGCAGGUGCCCUGAGGCGGGGGCCUGGGCCACGGGGCCCUCGUGUCUGUGAGGCCAGCCCUUUCGGCAGGAGCCUGCACCGCCAAGGAAAAAACAGCCCGGAGUGCUCGGGGUUACCGAAGGGCUGUCUUCUGUACAAAACCCUCCAGGUGCAGAUGUUGGACCUGCUGGACAUCGAAGGCCUCUACCCUCUGUACCGGCGGGUUGAGCGGUACCUGGAGGAGUUUCCUGAGGAGAGAAAAACGUUGCAAAUAGAUGGGCCUUAUGAUGAAGCGUUUUAUCAGAAGCUACUUGAUCUUUCCACUGAGGACGAUGGGACAGUGGCCUUUGCACUGACGAAGGUUCAGCAGUACCGGGUGGCCAUGACUGCGAAGGACUGCUCCAUCAUGAUCGCGCUCUCCCCCUGCCUGCAGGACUCAAGCUCCGAUCAAAGGCCUGUCGUCCCUUCUUCGAGAUCCAGGUUUGCUUUCUCCGUGUCUGUGCUGGACCUCGACCUCAAGCCGUAUGAGAGCAUUCCUCACCAGUACAAACUGGACGGCAAGAUAGUCAACUUCUAUUCAAAGACUGUACACGCCAAAGAUGCAGCUGUGAUGUCGACCAGGUUCAAGGAGAGUGAGGACUGCACGUUAGUUCUCCAUAAGGUCUAG